AUGCUCCUCUCGCGCUCCAUCAGCGCGGCGCGCUCGGCCUCGCCACGCCUCGCGCGCCGACUGGCAACAGCGACCACCGCCCCCACCUCCCCCUCCCCAGCCGACCUCGCAGCCCGCGUAGCAGCCGCCAUCACGCCGCAGACCGUGUCCGCGUACGCGCGCGACGGCGCCGUGGUGGUGCGUAACCUCUUCACUGCCGACGAGAUUGCCGCUCUGGCGGCGGGGAUAGACAACAACGUCGCGAAUCCGUCCCCGCGGGCCAAGGUCGCCUCCUCCCCCACCGAUCCGGGAUGGUUCUUCGAGGACUUUUGUAACUGGCCUACGCACGCCGCGUACCGGUCGUUCAUCGCGCGCUCGCCCGCGUCGAGCGCGGCCGGCGCGCUCAUGGCCUCGAACACCGCAAGACUAUACCACGACCACCUGCUGGUCAAGGAGCCGGGCACGCGCCAGCGCACGCCGUGGCACCAGGACCAGCCGUACUACAACAUCGAGGGGCAGCAGAGCGUGUCCAUGUGGAUCCCUGUCGACAAGGUCGACCAGGCAGCGACGCUCGAGUUUGUGGCCGGCUCGCACAGGGGGCCCUGGCUCAUGCCCCGCACGUUUAUGGACAACGAGGCCAAGUGGUUCCCCGAGGGCUCGUUGGCCGACCUGCCGGAUAUCGAGGCUGACCGCGGCGCGUUCGAGAUCAAGAAGUGGGCCUUGGAGCCGGGCGACAUGGUCGCGUUCCACAUGCUCACGCUGCACGCGAGCGCUGGCGCUACGGCGCGCCGGCGCGCCUUCUCGCUGAGGUUUAUUGGCGACGACGUGCGCCAUGCCCCCCGCCGGUGGAAGACGAGCCCCGACUUUCCUGGCCUCGCGGACGAGCUCGCGCCCGGAGCUGUCAUGGAGCAUCCUCUCUUCCCCGUCGUGUGGUCACGCGACGGCGGACAGGUGGCGAUUUAG